GGCCGGAGCCGAAGCCGAGCCCGGCGAUGGCUGCAGCGGGGCCGGCGCAGCAGCUCCAGGUGGCGUUCGAGGACAUCGCUCUGUAUUUCACCCGGGAGGAGUGGGAGCUCUUAUCCCAGCCAGAGAAGCAUCUGUACCGGGACCAGAUGCUGAGGAAUUACUGGGCCCUCGUUUCCCUGGGCUCUUUGGGUUCCAAACCGGACUUAAUCUAUCGGAUCGAGAUAGGGGAGGCAGAACUCUGGAUCCGGGAUGCCGAGGGCUCCAGGGUAGACUCUGGGCCUGAGAGCCCCUCCUCAGCAGGGCAUGGGGUACCGGGAAGAAAAAGGACACGGUCUGAAUGUGGGGAGAACAUGGCAGGAACGCAGGAUCCCAUAUCCCACAGGGGAAUCCAUGCACAGAACACCGUCCAUCCCUGGGGUAAACUCAGCCAGAGACCAGACCUGGCUACACACCAGAGACUCCCCAUGAGCCAAGGUCCCCAUCACUGCGUCGACUGCGACAAGAGGUUCAGGAACCCCUUUGCACUGACGCAGCACCGGCGCACGCGCACCGGGGAGCGGCCGUACUGCUGCGCUGACUGUGGCAAGGGCUUUGCACGCAGCUCAAACCUCUGAAGACAUCAGCGCACACACACCAAGGAACGGCCAUUCCAAUGCACUGUCUGCAGAAAAAUCUUUGCACAGAGCCAAUACCUGAGAAUACGCCAGUGCAUUCAUGGCGGGGAUCGGCUGUACAGGUGUGCUGACUGUGGCACGGGCUUUGCACGCAGCUCAAACCUCUGAAGACAUCAGCGCACACACACCGAGGAACGGCCAUUCCAAUGCACUGUCUGCAGAAAAAGCUUUGCACAGAGCCAAUACCUGAGAAUACGCCAGUGCAUUCAUGGCGG